AAUAAAAUUUGGCAACAAUGCAAUAUUUUUAGUUAAAGAGAUUUUUUGGUUAUAUGGUCAUGGUGUAAUUUUUUCGGAAAUUUAUCGAAAUAUGAGUGUUUACCGACGAAUACUUUUCAAAUUUUAUGGAAACAGUUCCUUAAUUAGUCAAAAUACAUUUAAAAAUAUAAAUCAUCAUUUAUGUUUGCUGCCCGUACGAUCCAUCAGCACAAGUUCAAAACCAAGGAGUUUGAAGGGCUUUUUCAAACUAGGAUUAACCGGUGUCACGGUAGGUGCUUUAGUAGGAACUGGCUACACCAUUCACCAUCAAAAUAAGCCUAGAGGCCAUAUAAUUAACGAACAAACCUUUAUUGAACCUGUCAAAGAGGUACCAAAAGUGGAACCAAGUCGAAAGGUGAUAUAUCCAAACGAUGAUAGUGGGUUAAAGUUAACUUUGUAUCAAUAUCAAACAUGUCCUUUCUGUUGCAAAGUUAGGGCAUUUUUGGAUUAUUAUGGGAUAUCAUAUAACGUUGUAGAAGUUGAUCCUGUUUUAAGACAGUCAAUUAAAUGGUCCGAGUAUAAAAAGGUGCCUAUUUUAAUUGCUCAGACUGAGUCAGGAUAUCAGCCAUUAAAUGAUAGCACUAUGAUUAUCUCAGCACUGGCAUCUUACUUAAAAGAUUCUGACAAAUCUCUGACAGAAAUUGCAAAGUGCUUUCCAUUCAUAUCGUUUUAUGAUGAGGAUGGCUCAAAGAAGAAUGAAAUUAUGAAUAAAUACUUUUUGAUGUUGAGUAAUGAACAAAUAUAUCCCGAUGAACAAAUUUCAAAGGAUGAAAGAAAAUGGAGAAAAUGGGUAGAUAAUGUUUUGGUACAUGUGCUGUCUCCAAACGUAUACCGGACAAUGGACGAAUCAUUACAGGCGUUUAACUGGUUUUCUGAAGUUGGAGAAUGGGAUAAAAAUUUCCCGGCUUGGGAAAGGAACUUGAUUGUUUAUGUGGGAAGCUCGGCUAUGUAUUUAAUAGGGAAGAAACUAAAGAAGAAAUAUAGAUUAAAAGACGAUGUUAGAGAAAGUUUGUAUGAUGAAUGCUCGAAAUGGACUAAAGAAUUACGGAAGAAAGGAACAACAUUUCAUGGCGGCGAUCAUCCAAAUUUAGCAGAUUUGGCGGUAUAUGGUGUUUUAAAUAGUAUCGAAGGAUGUAGCGCUUUUAGAGAUCUAUUAAAUAGAUCUAAUAUCGGAACUUGGUAUUCAGCUAUGAAAGAUGCGGUGUCCUCACACCGAGGUGCCAAGUAUCUUUAAAAUAAAUCUUUUUGUACAGGUUUUCAAGAAAAUGUGAUAUGUUUUAUUCGACUGAAUGCUCUGUAUUGAUGUAUUUAUUUAUAGUGUAAGAAAUAUUCUUACAUUUAUCAGAACAAAUAAAUUUUGCCUUUUUAUUGUUUUAUGUCAAAGAAAUUGUUAUUAAAAAAGUUUGUAAAUAAAAUUUUAGUUAUAUA